UGAAUAUAGAUAUAGAUAUAAAAGUUGAUGCUUGAAGCUUGAAGUGUGGUUGAGAUAAUUGUUAAUUUUAUUCAAUCAAAUCAACAAAUAAUUAUAUUUGAAUAAUAUCAAAAAAUAAAUAAAUAAAAUGGCAAAUGAAAUGAAUACUACAAGUGAAUUGGAGGAUGUUAAUAAAGUUGUUGGUGGUGGUGCUGGUGGUGUUGGAAGUGAUAAAGUAGUUACAGAUGAUGAAAAACAAAUAUUUGAAAUGGUUACAAAGAAUGAUAUUGUUGGCUUACAAAUGUUAUUACAAAAGAUUGGAGCUGGUGCAGAUGUGUACGAUGAGAAUGGUAUGACACCAUUACAACAUGCUGCUUAUAAAGGACAUAAAGAGAUGGUACAAUUAUUAUUAGAUCAGGGUGCUGAUGUAAAUUCAUGUAAACAUGAACAUAAAUAUACAGCAUUACAUUUUGGUGCAUUAAAUGGUUCAUUAGAUAUAUGUUUAUUAUUAUUAGAAGCUGGUGCUUGUACAACAACAUUAAAUACGGUAUCACGUACACCUGCACAAAUGGCUGCAUUUGUUGGUAAUCAUGAAUGUGUUGCAUUAAUUAAUAAUUUUAUUACAACAAAAUCAUUAAAAUUAUUACUAGAAAUCAAUAAUCAUAUAACAAGAGUUAUACAACCAUCAUUAUUAUUAAAUAAUUUUAUUGAUUUAUUACAUAAAUUUAUAAUAAAUAUUAAUAUAUCACCAAUAAAUAUAUUAAUAAAAAAUAAUAAUGAAAUAUUAGCAUUUAAAUAUCAUUAUAUGAAUUAUAUAUUACAAAUAAUAGAAAAUAAAAUUAAUAAUAAUAAAGAUAAAUCUGAUAAUUGUAAUAAUAUAAUUGAUAUUAUUGAAUUAUAUAUACGUAAAUUAUUAAAAUCAACAGAUUUAAUUGAUUUAUUAAUCAAAGAUUGUGUACGUGAAUUUAUUUAUCGUGAUACAACAAUAUUUAGAUCAUUAAUAACAUCAUUAACAACAAAUAAUACUACAAAUGAUUCUGAUGAUGAACUAUUAAAACCAUUAUUUAUAUUAAUUUGUUUAAUUAAUGGUCAACAAUAUUGUUACAUGUUAAAUAAUAAUAAUAAUUGUUGUAUAACAUGUUUACAAUUUAAACCAAAUAAGAAAUGUUCGAAAUGUAAACAAGUACAAUAUUGUGAUCGUGAAUGUCAACGUUUACAUUGGUUUAUACAUAAAAAAAUAUGUCAACGUAAUCAACAACAAAAUAUUAAUAAAAUAAAUAAUAAAACUAAUAAUACUAAUACAACCACUAGUAAUAAUGUUGUUGAUACUAAUGAAAUUACAUCACAAAUACAUAAUAUUUUAUUAAAACAAUAAAUAUAUUUAUAUU